UUAGACGAUUCUGUCGAAUAUCGUUACGAAUCGAUCCCCACAAAAUAUCGAAAUGAACGCAGUUGGAAAUCUGUUCAAGAAGAAGGUUCAUUUUAUGAAGAAUUUUUGUGCAAACGGUGAUGAAGAUCGAGCUGAUAAGUAUAACGAACGUACAUAAAGAUGUUUGGGCCUGAUUCAAACCGGGUCAGAAUAUUGGAUUACGUUUCCUGUCUAGCUGUUAUGUGGUCCAUGGAAUUGAACAUGGCGGCCUCUAUGCACCGCUCAACCAUAGAUACUAAAUGCGCGCAACUCGGCUAACUUCACUAGAAUUUCCAUCAAUUGAACGCUCUUUACUUUGCCGAUCACAUACAGAAUAUAUAAAUAGAAAAAAGGAACAUAGACAUGACCACAUUUAUUGAUUUUGGAAACUCUAAAAUUGGGAAAUUUGGGUUUUACAAAUUUUACACUUUGAAAAUUUGAACGAGUAUAAAGAUUCCGCGUGAAAAAAACGUGUAAGAGCUCAUGCGCGUUGCUGUUGGUUACCAAGCCCCAACCAAUCAGCUUUGACAUGCGCAGAAUGAACAAAGAAUCGUCAAGCGAUGAACAUGAUCUGUCGAUGAACGGAGUACAUCAUCGUCGACGCCGUGGUUGCGAUUGGUUCAGAGUCGAUGCGCGAUGCGUUUCGCGUAUUUCAAAUCGAAAGUCGAGAAACCGUGUAUUGAGAGGACGAUGCGUGUCCUCUCGAAAACGAAACGGUCGACGUGACAUCGAGCGUCCCUCGAUUUCGAAAGUGAGUCAAUUAAAAGCGUUAUCGCGACGACAGUCAAACAAAGAGUCGGUCGUCGAGAAAUCGGGGAAGCAGAAUUGUGGCUCGUUGUCCUCGAGCACACGAAUUUCGCGAAAACGGCGCGUCGGCAUCGUGGAAAAUCAGUAUAUCGCCGAGAGCGACGGCGGUUCAUCGGUAUGCGAGCUGGUACGAGGUUUCGAACGGUUGUUCGGUGAGACAAACGCCGGUAACGGGGUCACGAUGAAAUCGAAGAAGCAACAGAACGCGGAGGAAGAUAUCGUGGAUCCGAUCGAGGAGAAUGAGACUUACGACGAGUUCGAUACGGUCAGGAUGCCGGUGGUAAGGUCUCUAAGCAAAAGCCCGCAAAGCGACGAGGGUAUCGAGACAGAUCCCGAACGUAGAAGAGGCUCCAUGGCGCGUUGCUGGAGUCUCGAUUCGGCUGCAGCCAGCGACGAGGACACAUCGCUGACCACGCACCAACAGAAACGACACAAACUACGGGUCACUAGAUGUUGUAGCUCCGAUAGUGCUGUGUUGAGCGACGAGGAUCAAAUAAAAGGAUGGGACAGCACCAACAUGGUAGAGGGAAGCGAGUCUGAACAAAAUGAAGGAAGACCCAGAUAUUGGAGAACUCCUAGCGUUGUAGUCAGCGAUUAUUCGGAUUAUUCUUAUUUGGAUGAAAAGCUAGAAAGGAAUGACUUAGAUCUGGAGAAGUACGAUGGAACCAGUGGAACUCCUAGUCAAGCUAGCAGUUGUUCCUGCUUGGAUUGCGAUGAAAUUCGGGAGUCUCUGGACCAACAAUACUUACAAGUCUGCCGCAGUAGAAGACAUUCAGAUUCCUGUUGUUUGUGCCUUGAUUCCAUGAAUGCUGUAACCAUAAGAAAUUAUAAUGAGGCAGGAAAUAGAAGGAAUUCCUGUUUGGAUAAUCCUGAUUCUUACUACUCCAAGCUGAACUCUCAAUUUGCACGGUACACACCAGACAACGCUUCAGAGUUGCAGGAGAAGACAAAGGUCUUUCUGAACAUUCCAACAAGAAAGCUCUCUGACUGCUCCACCACAUCCAGCCUCAGUGGGGAUGAAUCCGAAUGCCUUGAACUGCAGCCAGUAAAGCCUUCCAAGUCGUCCGGCUGGAGGAAGCUCAGGAACAUCGUCCACUGGACACCGUUCUUCCAGACCUACAAGAAACAGCGGUACCCCUGGGUACAACUAGCUGGACACCAAGGGAACUUCAGAGCAGGACCAACACCAGGGACGAUACUCAAAAAGCUGUGUCCUCAGGAGGAAGCUUGUUUUCGCCUGCUGAUGAACGACGUCUUGAGGCCUUAUGUCCCAGAGUUCAAAGGUGUCUUGGAUCUGAAAGAGACAGAGGAGGGUAAUGUCGAGGAGACUGAUGCAGAAAAGGAUGGUACUGGAGACAAUGUAAACAAGAGGACAGUGCUAUCAUCUUACUUGCAACUCCAGGAUCUCCUUGGUGAUUUUGAACAUCCCUGUGUGAUGGACUGUAAAGUCGGCGUCAGAACUUAUCUGGAGAGUGAGCUUGCCAAAGCCAAGGAAAGACCCAAGUUAAGAAAAGACAUGUAUGAGAAAAUGGUACAAGUGGACCCCUCUGCACCGAGCGCCGAGGAACGUCGCGUGCAAGGAGUCACGAAACCAAGAUACAUGGUGUGGCGGGAAACGAUAUCCAGCACCGCCACCCUGGGUUUUCGCGUGGAGGGCAUUAAGCUUGCACAUGGAGGUUCGUCGAAGGACUUCAAAACGACCAGGACUCGGGAACAGGUCACAGAAGCGUUGAGGCGCUUCGUGGAAGGCUAUCCGCACGCGGUACCCAAGUAUAUACAACGUCUGAAGGCGAUCAGAGCGACGUUGAAGGCGUCGCCGUUCUUCGCUUCCCACGAAGUAGUCGGUUCCAGCUUGCUGUUCGUUCACGAUGCCAAAAACGCUGGGAUCUGGAUGAUAGAUUUCGCGAAAACGCUACCCCUGCCACAGCACUUGCCACGAAUUCAUCAUGACGCUGAAUGGCAAGUGGGGAACCAUGAAGAUGGAUACUUGAUUGGCGUGAACAAUUUAAUAGACAUAUUCCAGGAUAUAUGGAACUCCGAGGAAACAUAACCGCAUCUCUCUUCAGGACACAUUGGAAGCUACGAACAGGAUAUGGAAUUAAUGGCAUGCGGGCUUAUUAUUAGUAGAGGCUUCCAGCUGUAACUACAUAAGGAUCAAUCAAAAUCAGGACAUACCGAUGCUUCUGACGCCAUCGGUGUCUCACGUUACCUCGCGCAUCAGUAUUAAUGUCUCUUUACUCUUUGAAGCCUAAAUAUUUAUUCAUCUAGAAGCCUCUUCUACCGAUAAGUACAAAAGGCCAUGGGAGUCUCAUCUAACGUACAAGCUUUGCACGCGAAAAUUUGCGCGUUUGCUCCUCCAUGUUCUUUUCUACGAUACGAAGUGAAAAUUGUACAUAGACUCGUCAACUGCUAGGAUGUCAAUAUCCGCUGUCACGAGAAACGGACCAAAGACGCGGUGGCUAUCUGCUGCCUAGGUAUUCAUAGUAAACUCGUUACAACGUAGACCGCAAAGAGAAUCUGUAAAAAUAAUUUAAAUGUUUUACCGUUACAUAAUAAGAUUUAUUUAUACGUGUUACAUUGCGACGCUGCAAGAAUCUUCUUCAUAUAAGAGAGAACGAAAGACAAAAAAAGAGAACGGUGUUUUGUAUUUAAAAUCGUACCAUGCAUUUGUAAAUAAUCCGACACUUAAUACAAAAGAAGGUCACGAUCA